UACAAAUUAAAAUGCGACUGACCAGGAUUAUAACUAAUAAAAUGUGCAAUCGCCGUAAUGUUUCCUUUAAAAAUUUUUACAAUAAUUAUAUCGACAAGAUCGUUAUUAUAUCUCUCGAUUAUUUCAUUAUUAUCGUUACUUCCUUCCUUACUGGAGAAUGUCAUGAGUUCACAACUACUCUGAUUAUCGCAGGUCGUAUUCAGACGUAUUUUGACAUCGUAUUGCCAAUCGGUAACCAAUGGACCCGAAAUAAAAGGCUAACUGUGCAUCCUUCCGAAUCAUCGCGUUUGUCCGUAGGCGCAUCAGCUGAACAAGCAUUGUGUGGAUAAUGAGAGCGAUAGGAUCAACUUCACAAACAUCUCGGAUGCCGAAAAAAUAACUGACCAAAUGCGAUAAGUUUGAUAUAAUACAAUAUACAUGUAUGAAGAAUAUAAAAUGAU